AAACUCAGAUAUAUCCUUCUGGAAGAAUCUGAUAUCAUGGUGGUUGAGCAUAUCGUUGAUGACGAGCUUGCAAUCGGAGAGGACGAGGUUUUGCAUCUGCUGGCAGGUUUUUGGUGGUGUACUGAGCGUCGUAAGCUUCAAUUUCCAAGUGGGCAUGUUCGAAACUGGAGACGAAGUACUCACUUUCAUCGAGGAAGACGAUGCGGCUGUCGAGACCGAAGAUGAGGAAGUAACAAAGGGAGGGGCGGCGGUUAAGAGCCGCGGAAAUAAGGGAGAGUUCGGAGAGGGUCAUGAGGUGCUGGAUGGUGUUGGAGGAGGCGGCAUAGUGGAGGAGCGUGGUGGCGAUAGAGGAGGGAAGGGCGAAGCAGAGAGAGAAGAGGAAAGGUUGAGGAAGACUAGGGUAGUUUUGUAAAUUUAUAAUUUACUAUUAAUAAUAUUUUAAUUUAUUA